AUGCUGCACCUGAUAGGCGUGUGGCCCCUUUCGGGUUCGCGGCUGUAUCGAUGCCUCGUGACUGUCGCCAUCGCUCUUUGUUUCGGGCACUUCGUCGAGGCCGUAAUCCAUCUCUGCACGCUGGACGGAUAUCUGGAAGACUUCACCUUGGCUCUGUCCAACAUCUCGGUUGUUAUCGUGGGUGUCCUCAAAGUGACCUUCUUCUUGAGGCACGAGCGUUCCUACUGCCGCCUGGUGCGAUGGCUCGAUGGCCUGGUGACCAGUCAGAGGGAGUACACUCGAGGAAGACCACAGCUCGAGGAGGUUUCCGCUGGAGCCCAGAGGCUCGCUCGGCGCAUUACCAAAGCGUUCACCGUGUACGACGCUAUUGUGGUCCUCGCAUGGACGCUGGUGCCACUUACAGCGCCACCCGAAGCCAAAAGAUUGCCUUUCGAGCAGCUGCCCUUAACGGAGGAGAGCCCGUACUCCCUUUACGCGCUGUCCUACACCAUACAGGGCGCCUCCACGUUCUAG